UGUCAGAAUGCGGUGGCCGAGACGUUCCAUGAUCGGUACUGUGGUGACGAUUAUCGCGCACAAGCCGAGGCCGUGCACGGGCCGAUAAAACACGUUAGCUACGGGAAAGUCGCUGCUGCAACUGCAGCGAAGCACGAUGAACGUUGAAGGUAGACAGACACACCGCCAGCGACUGCGCAUUGCAUGCGAUCCGUGCCGAGAGCGCAAAAGGAAAUGUGACGGAGGUCGCCCGUGCAACAUUUGCCUCGGAUACGGAUACGAUUGCUCCUAUCGCUCAACGCCUCGUAAUCGGCAACCUCAAAGAGGCGCAGGUCGAUCGCAGACCGUAAUCACGCGAGAAGCGAGUCCGUCGGUUCCCGCAGGAAUACUGCCACAGCGGCUGGAGCGCCAGCAGCAAUACAAUCUGCCAUCGGGGCGGUGCCAGCGCCAGCAUCAGCAUCCCCAACAAGGCCAAGAACAACAAGCCCAAGAGCACCAAGACCCAGACGGAUACUUGCGAUCUGCUGAGAGCAACUCUGGUGCAGCUUUUGCACGCCUGCUUACGAUUACGCUCGAAUCGUCCGAUCGGAGUGUUUCUCCGAUGCGAAUGCUGGCAUGGAAUUUGUUUCUCGGAGAAAGGCAAACAGCGGGCCCUGUGCACCAGGAGACGCUACCAGCCGUUCUGUCGGAACUAGAGAUGCGGCAUCUGGCCACGGUCUACUUCGAAAAGGUCCACCCAUGUUAUGGUUUCAUUGGCAAAGACAUGCUGCUCCGAAGCAUAUCAAGCACAUGGGAUGGGCAGGGCAGUUCCAGCGCGGAAGACGCACUUUUGUGUGGCGUCGUCGCUCUCGCUUGUCUCUUUUCCAGCACUCAGGAUCUGGCGGCUGAGCUGAGUCUUGUUGCACUUGCUAAGCGCCUACUAGACCCGUCAACUGCGGAUCCUCCAUCACUACAUAGCGCUACUGCCUGGUUACUGCGCACUGUGUAUCUACGGCUCACCGCGAAGCCAGAAGAGGCUUGGUUAGCAAGUUGCACUACCCUCCAUAUCAUCGAUGCAGCGGGAUUAAUGAGCCGCGCCGACCAUGGCAGCGCCUUCUCCCUACCUCAAGACCCUCGAGAUGUCCAUCUUCGGAGGAGGGUGUUUGGUGUAGCGCAGCAUCUAAACACAUGGAUGUCGUAUGACCUCGGUCGGAAUCGUGUGUUGGUACCGAAUGCUGACACUGUUCCGCCAUCUGCGCAGCCAGGCGAAUACACGACGGAGCUGUUAGAUCUUCUGCCAUACUCACAGGACCUGGACCCGGCCAACGGACUAAGCAUGGGCAGCCUUGUUGCAGCACUUGUGGAGGUUUUGGAUCGAACCCAUACAGAGCCGCCGUCUGUUCUAGCACAAUGCAACUUGAUGCUGUGCAUUCAUCGCAGGCUUCAUUCUUCAAAACUAGAGGUCCCGGACGAUGUCAUGAACAAGGUUCUCGGUCUGAUUAAAAACAGUAUCCAGGCAGUUCGCUCGAGCGUUGCCGCGGGCCUUCCAUGGCAUCAUGUGGCUAAUAUCCCUUUUCAGGCGAUAUGCACGCUGCUUGUUAUAGACACUGUGCAGUCGUUCGCACUCCUGAAUGAGUCCCUGGCUUGCGUUAUUGCUGUCAACGAUGCGUACCAGACAGAAGCGACGCGGGAAGCAGCCACUGCGGCAUGUACCCUGCUCCAGCUGCAUCAAAAGCGAAGAGAAGCUGAUAUAAAGAAACAUUCAGAUAUGCUAAGCAUGUACCCGUCGGUGGAUUUUCCAUUACGGGAUAGCCAUGGCGGUCCCUUAAAUGGGUAUGAUCUGCAAAAUUCCUGGUGGUUCAGCGAGUUCGUUGCGCACUCAGACCUGGCUCUAGGCGUCACUCCACUAAUGCAAACGCCAUAAAACAUGUAAUACAACUAGCUUAGCGGGUUUGAAAAAUAAUACAAUCAAGGUUCAACUUUUUCUAGUACACUACAACAUCCC